CUAUUUUAUUUUGUGUCUGGUCUGUUGUUUUUGUUUUAGGUUGGGUUGAGUUCCCUUGCGCGUUCGUUGUCUAGGUUUUCAUCGUCGUUCUCAUACUAUCUGUGCUGGAAGGUGUGUAUGGCUUCCGAUCUGUGCAUCGAAAGGAACGAUUCCAAAUGGGAGAUUAGAGAUUCACCGGCAAAGAAGCAAAGGUGCGAGGAUUACGGUUUACCACCACCGCUUUGUUCAUCAGCAGAAGAAGAAAAAGAAAAAGAAAAAGAAGACCCUAGAUCAAAAGUUGUAUUCUAUAACUACGAUAAUUCAGAUGUGGAAGAUGACAGUGAUGGAAUGCAUGAGUUUACUGAUAGGGAAUACCAAGAAUAUAAUCGACAGAUCACUGAAAGCGAUGGCUUUGAUGUGAUGUCGUUCCCACGCUCCUUUGCUUGCGGUACAACAACCCCUCUUUAUAAUUUGAAUGAGAUUGCCGACGACCUCAAAGCUCUUUCCGAAUUAGCUCUUAAGGAAUACAAUGAGAAAGAGCAUACGAAUUUGGAGUUUGUGAAGGUUGUCAAGGCAAACGCCGCGGUUUGUGCUGGCUGUAAGUAUUAUAUUACCUUUGACAUCAGGGAUGCUGCUGCUGCUGUUGAUGGUGGUACUACGGAAUUUCAAGCUUGUGUCUGGGAUGGGAUCGCCCACACUGAAGUACUCAUUUCUAGGCUGAAAACUAGCACCUAAUCAAGGUGAGAUGAGGAUUUCACGAAGGUAAUAUGCGUAUGGUGUCCCAGUCAGUUGUUGGAAGGGUGUGCUACUAUGAAACAAAAUGAAUAUAAAUAUUAGAAUCUUUGUACAUGUGUGGUGGUGGUAGGGUUGUGUUGGUUAGGCUGAACUUGGUUUGUUGACGUCAAAAACUUUGGAUAUUGACAAUUAUGUUGUUACUUGAUUUAGUAUAUGUCUAGAUUAAUAUUCUAAGCUAAUAUCUAAACUAAUAUUUAUAGAACAAUGUCGUCAGAUGAUGUUUGAAAUAUAUUUUAUUUUUUAUUUGAAGUUUAUUUAUUUUGUCA